CCAACCCCUCCUCUUUAACUAACGCGAUGUCAAAAGUAACUCGAAAGUUCAGUCACUUGCCGGAAUCUUUGGGUAUUUGGCACACAGCAAAAACUACGGUUUUUAAUAAAAGAAAUAAGGUUUGUUCAAGAAGUUUAACCACCUGUGUAGACCUCAGAAAAAGUGAAAACAUGAGCAACGGAAAACACUUAGCUACAGGUGCCCCCUUGCCCACCCUUCAGGAUGAUGGUAAGAUCCGCCUCUACUCCAUGCGCUUCUGCCCAUAUGCCCAACGUGUUCAUCUUGUUCUGGAUGCUAAGGAUAUUCCCUAUCAUACGAUCUACGUAAAUCUUCAGGCAAAGCCAGAAUGGCUCUAUGACCGAAGCCCUCCAGGUACCGUUCCCGCUGUGGAUCUACCCAACGAAAGUGGAGGUGCCAGUCUAUAUGAAUCUUUGGUCAUAUCAGACUAUCUCGAUGAGAAAUUCCCACAGAGGCCCUUAUAUCCACGUACACCUUUGGCAAAAGCCAAGGAGCGUCUGCUGAUUAAAAAGUUCGAUACGGUGAUUGACGUGAUGUACAAAGUGUUUUUGGGGGAACAUGUCCCUGGAACUUUGACUGAGAUCAGCAACAGACUUGACUUUUUUGAGAAAGAACUUCAAACACGUGGAUCCGACUUUUUUGGCGGGAAUGUACCCGGGAUGGUGGAUUAUAUGAUCUGGCCAUGGUGUGAAAGAGCUGAUAUGCUUACAUACCUUCUGGGAGAUAAGUACGUCCUGGAUGAGGAGAGAUUUCCCAAAUUGGUCAAGUGGAGAGCUCUGAUGAAGGAGGACAAAGCCGUUAAGGGAUCCUACCUGUCAGGUGAAGUGCAUGCCAAGUACAUGGAAGGACGUCGACAAGGAAAUGCUGAUUAUGAUAUGCUUGUACGUCUCGGAAGGAAAAGAAUCUUCCACCACACAAUUGAGAGAAUUUGAACAAAAAAGAAACCAUUUCACAUCUUCUUAAGAAAAAGCCUUUAAAAUACCUCUUAAGAGAAAACAAAACUCUUAAUUUUAUUCUCUUUUCUUUUUUUUUACUCUUUAAAUUAAACUUUUGGGUUGGUUUCCAGUCAUGUCUAUUUCUUUUUUCAAAUAAAUUCAUAAUUUAUUUUUAUAAUAAAUGUAUAUAUCGUAAAAAAUAUAAUCACUUGAAUAAG